AUGGCAGCUAGCAGCACAAGGGAUUGGAAGCUUGGGAUCGACGUUGGCGGUACCUUCACGGACGCACUGCUGUACAAUUCGUCAACGGGGGAGUCCUAUCGUACCAAGACUCCCUCGACGCCACCGGACCAAGCGAUAGGCGUCAUGAACGCUAUUUCGGAGCUUCAAGCGCUACUCCCUGAGGAUGUACGAACAAACGUUACAUUCACAAGUCUGCACCAUGGCACCACUGUGGCGACGAAUGCGAUUCUCGAAGGCAAAGGGGCCCGUGUAGCUCUGCUCGUGACCGAAGGCUACAGGGACAUCCUCAACGUCCGUCGUAGUCAAGUCCCUGGUGGUCUCUCGGCAUGGGUACGGUGGAUAAAGCCUGACCCUCUCGCUAGUUUAGAGCUGACGAUUGAGACUCCUGGGCGUAUAUCUACGUCUGGAGAAGAAAUCAGGCCUUUUGAUGAGGCCUUGCUAAUUGAACGACUUCAACAUCUGAAGAACCUUCCCGACGAGCGGAAGCCAGAAGCAAUCACAGUCUCACUUAUCAAUUCUUUCGCAAACCCUGAGCACGAGGUUCCUGCGCUUGCAGUCCUUCAGCGCGAGUUUCCAGACCUUCCGAUCUCUCUCUCCUCUCAGAUACUGCCUGAACUCAUGGAGUAUGAGCGUACUUUGACCACUGUGGCGAACGCGAUGGUCAGGCCCCGAGUAGAAACCUACUUGGACUCCCUCAAGCAUCGUCUCAAUACCGAGAUAAGCGGUAAAGUCGGCGGUCAGGACGUACAACUCCGAGUCUUGAGGAGCGAUGGUGGCCUCGCAAGCGUAGAACUGGCCAAGGAGUACUGCUGUAAUCUGUUGUACAGUGGGCCAGCAGGAGGGAUAAAGGGAGUCGCGGUCAACAUCGCUGAGAUGACAGAAUUUAAGAAUCUACUGAGCUUCGAUAUGGGUGGUACCUCGACCGAUGUCUGUCUGAUCCAGAACAGCACUCCUCAAAUCCGAAGAGAAACCACAGUGGGCGAUUUGACCAUUCGUGUACCCUCCGUAGAUGUGCGUACAGUAGGCGCCGGUGGAGGUAGCAUUGCCUUCGUCCCAGACAUCACCAAGGCUCUUCGAGUGGGACCCGAAAGUGCUGGCGCAGUUCCGGGUCCCGCUUGUUAUGGCAAGGGAGGUAAUAAAGCGACUGUCACUGACGCGAAUGCCGUCCUAGGCUAUCUCCCGCCUUCUCUUCUGGGCGGAACAUUCGCACUGGACAUGGAUGCAGCUAGGAAAGCCGUCCAAGAAGUCGCGGACGCCGUCGGCCUGUCGCUCUAUGAUGCUGCUGAAGGUAUUUUAAAGUUGGCAGACGAGAAGAUGUUCGGGGCGUUGAGGAAUGUGAGUGUCGAGCAGGGCCAUGACUCGAGGGAUUUCAGCCUGGUUGCAUUCGGAGGAGCGGGCCCGUUGCAUGCAUGUUCGUUGGCGAAGUUAUGCCAAUCUUAUCCUGCAAUCGUUCCACCUUCACCAGGAGUUCUCUGCGCAUUUGGCGAUGCUAUGACCACCCUUCGACACGAAACUUCUCGUACCUUUAUCUCAGACCUCUCGUCAAUCUCUUCCAUCGCCUUUACUUCCGCUUGCUCUGAAUUGUCGUCGAAGGCUUCUUCCGUUCUCGAACAGCAAGGAAUACCUCUCCAGAGACAGAAAGUACAGUUCCAAGCCGACAUGAGGUAUAAUGGGCAAGCAUUGACAUUACCGAUCAGUUUUGAGCUGGAGGACAUUGGCGCGGACAAAGAGAAAGAUGAGAGCAAUUUUGAGGUCUUGAAGGAAAGGUUCUCUAACUCACAUAACCAGCUUUUCACGUACACACUUGAUCUUAGUGUGGAACUUAUCAAUCUCCGUGCGUUGGUAGAAGAAAUCGGUCACCCAGUAAAGAUCAAGGAACUUGUCCAGGCUAGCUCAAGUACACCACCGGAAGACUGUAUACAGUCUACCACAUCCCUUUAUUGGAAUGGGCAGACUUAUGUGGCCGUCCCGAUAUACAGUCGCGCUUGUUUACUAUCUGGUCACUCGAUUCCAGGCCCCGCCAUCAUCACUGAAAUGGAUUCGAAUACCCUCGUCCACCCUGACCAUCGUGCAGAAAUAGAUCGUCUGGGCAAUAUCUUGUUGUGGCCCCUGGCACGAAGUGGAAACAACGACGAAGUGAAUGAAGUAGAUACACACUUGGAAAAGGAGAAUCAGGUUGUAAAUACACAGAUCAUAGAGGCUGCGUUGGCGAAUGCGAGAGCAGAAAUGGAUGCGUUGAUUGUCCGGGUGGCAAUGAGUCCGGCUAUGAGGGAACAGCUGGAUUAUUUCCCCAUGAUAUCAGCUGCAAAUGGUAAGAUGGUUGUCGGCCAAUUCGGAUCAUAUCUCUCCAACUUCCUGGAGAGGUGGAAAGGAACGAUCGAGGACGGUGACGUUUUUCUCACCAACGACCCGUACUCCAUCGACGGCGCCAUUUCUCAUCUGAACGAUUUGCUCGUGAUCCUUCCCGUGUUCUACCAGGGCAAGAGGGUCGCUUGGACGGCAAACCAGGGUCACUUUACAGAUGUUGGAGGCCAAGUUCCUGGAUCACUUCCAAUACACUCGCGUACCAUAUUCGAGGAUGGUAUUCAGAUCCCAAUAUGCAAACUGUAUAGCCAUGGCGAAGUGAAUGAGGCCAUACGAGAGGUCAUAGUCAGAAACUCUCGCCGUCCCGAUUUUGCUCGAGCCGACCUCCACGCUUUAACAGCAGCCUGUCGGAUCGCAGCCAGCAGAGUGAUGGAGCUAUGCGACCGGUUUGGUGUGGCACAGUUUGAAACUGCAUUGGACCAUCUACUCGAACGAAACAAACUUGCGUUCGCAAAGUUGCUGGAGACCAGCAUUCCGAACGACAAGAUGUACUUUGAAGACUUCAUGGAUGACGAUGGCACUGGAGUUGGCCCUUGGAAGGUCUGCUGUACUAUGUUCAAAGAGAAGAAUGCGGCGGGAGAAGACAUGCUUGUGUAUGACUUCGAGGGUACUGAUCCGCAAGCGGAUAGCUCUAUCAACUGGUUUCUCAGUCCUAACACCUGGAAGAUGCGAUCUACUUCCUACCUCAUCAAAGCUCUAGACCCCUCCAUGAGUCUCAACGAUGGUGCCUACGAUCUGAUGGACGUUCGGAUACCUCUAGGGACAAUACUCAAUCCUGUCAGGCCUGCUGCUCUCUCUUGCCGUACACAUCUGCUGGGACGGACGCUCGACUUGAUGAUCGGAACAUUGGGCCAGCGACAACCGAAGUUCAUGACUGCUGCGGGGUAUGGCGAUAGCCCGCACUUUUUCUACAGUGGCUAUCGUGAUGACGGAACAUAUUACCAGCUGUACCAAAUUGGUUUUGGUGGAGUCCCAGGGCGACCAGUCGGUGAUGGAAUGGACGGAACCUCCAUGUUUCCAAGUAUGCGUUCAGUUCCCAACGAGUUCCUUGAACUCUACUAUCCACUUCGUAUCGAACACUAUUCGACCAUACCUGACUCAGGCGGCGUUGGCUUCCAUCGCGGUGGAAAUGGGAUACGCAUCGAUUAUAGGUUUUUGGCGCAUGGAGAGGUGUCGCUACAUGAUGACCGCUGGUUAACGAAGCCAUGGGGUGUCAACGGAGGCGAACCUGGGCAACGGUCACGGAAAACGCUGAUUCAGUACUCCAUGAACCCAGAGAACCCGCCUCGUGUGGCUCUACCUUCGAAGGCCGACUACAUCCAGGUGGCGCCGGGUGACGUCCUUGAGUGGCGUACGUGGGGUGGUGGAGGGUGGGGCGAUCCUCUCCUACGCGAUCCGGAAUUAGUAGCCAAAGACAUGCGCUCACAUCUCAUCAGCUACGAGAAGGCCUUACUAUAUGGUGUCGUCUUGACGGAGAAGUUGGACGUCAACACUGCGGCGACCGAGGCUCUGCGGACAAAGCUAAUGAGUACUCGACCUGAAGCACUACCUGUAUUCGACCGAGGUGGUACUCUCAAGGAGCUAUUCACUAGCUGCGAAGCAGAGACAGGGUUGAAAGCUCCAAAGCUUCCUAGUGGCCGUCAACUUCGUGGCCCAGUCGUACAGGUUCUCACCGUCGCAGCAUUGCAUGAAAGGCGUCGUCAAGAGGACAUCCACGAGUUCGGUGACGCGUACGACGUACACGCUGACCAUAGUGCUCUUGUUACCAGGGGAUCGAGGAGCGCAUGUUGUUGAGCCUUGUGUAGGUAAGCCUGGAGUCGAACAUCGUAAAGCUGGAGUAUAUACAUUUUGGAGUCCGGACAUCUUUACUAGCACCUUCCAGCUCGCGGUAGAUGUCUGUCACUACAUAUUUUACCGUUUGCAC